GAGAGAGAGAGAGAGAGAGAGAGAGGAGGUGGAGAACUCAGCUGGUCUGCCUGCCUGUCCCACCUUGGACUCACGCAUUACCAUGACUACAACAUCCGAGAAUUCAGUAAAAAGAAGCGCAGCAACAGAGUAAACAGGGAAGGCAAGAAUCACUUUCUUUUUUUCCUAAGUGGAAAAGAGUGAGAGAGGAGGGGAGAGCAGAGGGAGGGAAGAGACAGAAAAUAAAGUAGAGUAAGAAAAAGAGCUUGUCAAAGCGUACACGGAAAAGAGGAGCAAGGUGACACGAGAGGAGUCGAGGAGGGAGAAGAGAGGAGAGGAGGAGGAAGAAGAGGAGAGGAGGAGGAAGAAGAAGAGAGGAGUAAGUGAAAGACUGAGAGAAAGCUGGCCAUGGGUCUGUGCGCUGUACUGCUAAUCUGUCUGUCCCAGGCAGAGCUUGCCAGAGUCUGGAGUCAAGAGUUAUCAGGUUCACUGCAUGGACAAUCAGAUGUACAGAGAGUCAGGAGAGAUCAGCAGGAGUCAAGCCGCAGUACACAGAACAGAACAGGCCAGGAGGCAAAUGGAGGAGGCUUCGCCAUUGACACACUGCCUGAUAACAUGACCAGAGUGGUGGAGGAUGCUCAAAAGUAUUACUCAUGGCGUAGCUUUGGACCUGGUGACAAGCAAACUCAGGAGCUCUGGGUGGAUCUGAAUUCAGUCCAGGCGGGUCAAGUCAGGGUGCAUGGCAUCCUGUCAAACACACACCGCCAGGCAGCGCGGGUGGCCCUUUCCUUUGACUUCCCCUUCUAUGGACAUCAAGUGCGGCAAAUCACCAUAGCAACUGGAGGGUUCAUUUUUACUGGAGAGAUUACGCAUCGAAUGCUGACUGCUACUCAGUACAUUGCGCCUCUCAUGGCCAACUUUGACCCCAGUUUCUCUAGGAAUUCCACUGUGUGCUACCUGGACAAUGGAGAGGUGUUUGUUGUGCAGUGGGAUAAAGUGAGACUUCAGGGCAGGGAGGCAGAGGGAGCCUUCACCUUCCAGGCUGCUCUUCACCGCAACGGAACCAUUGUUUUUGGCUACAGAGACGUGCCUUUACCAGUUGUAAAGAUCAACUCUACUGAGCACCCAGUGAAGGUUGGUCUGUCUGAUGCCUUCAUGGCCUUUAUUUCUUCUCCGCAAUCCCCAGAAUCGAAAAGGAGGACGAUCUAUGAAUAUCAUCGGGUUGAAGUCAACACCACUGAGAUUGUAAACCGCUCUGCAUUUGUGUUCAGCCCAUUACCUACCUGCCUCCAACACACCAACUGCGACCAGUGUUUCCACUCCAACUUCACCACGGGCUGCGGCUGGUGCAACAUCUUGCAGAGGUGUUCAGAUGGGAUAGACCGGCAUAGACAGGAAUGGCUUGAAUUCGGCUGCUCAGAAGAGGCGAAGGAGGGCACAUGUGAGGAUUACAUUCAGGGAGGUGCAGACAGUUCGAUGAGUCCAUUCAGCUCCCCUGUUCCUGCCGCUUCAAUGUCCCCUGCAACUAGGCCAGGCAGCCCUGCCACUGAGGAUGACACCAACCUUCUCUUUCACCACCAUGAUAAUGGUUCUGGUGAGGAUGAGCCUCCAGAACACACUGCAAUUAUUGCUGGUGUAGUGGCAGCCCUGGUCCUUCUGGUCUUUCUGACCCUGUUGGCUGUGUACUAUAUAAACACACACCCCACUGUUGCCCCUCCAUUCUACCUCAUGCAGCGCCGAACCAAUAACUAUUGGCCGUCCAUGAAGUUCCGCAAUCAGGGUUGCCAUUCCAGCUAUGCUGAGGUUGAACUUGGGUUUCAUGAAAAGGAUGGAUUUAUUGAGGCAGAGCAGUGCUGAGGAGGCAGGACUUCCUCCACAAAGGAACCAAUUAAUCUCUGUUUUUUUUGGUAAAAGUUCAAACACAAAAAAAAGACAAUGAGGGGCUAUAAACCACCACAUAAAUGGACACCAGAGACUGUGGAUAGUUACCUUGCAAGCUUUCUCUGCCUCCAUAGAUUUGACAGUCCUUCCUGCAACACCUCUUGUGCUAUUUGUUUAUUCCUUUUAUUAAGGAACAGGCAAUGUUAAUGGAAAAUGUGCUAGUUAGGCUCUUGGUAAAAGCGGUGAGAGUGGCACAUACAUUAACCACAAAGAGUCCUGCAGUUAGUGUACAGUAUAGUACAACUUUGUAGAAUUUUGUUUUUAAAAAAAGAUGUUUUGUGUUUUAUAUUAUGUUCAAUGGGGGAAAAUAAUACUCAGUUAGCCACAUGGACUGGACUGCACUUUAAAUGAAUUAUAUCAGUAGUAAUAGUUAUAUGAUGUGAUCAGAUAUUUUGUUUUGUUUUUUACCUUUUUUAUAUUCUGUUCCCUACAGUAGGAUCAAGUUUCAGGUAUCAGUGUUGUAAUGAUAGUUCCCAACAGACAAAUUAAAAAAUAACUAUAAAAGCUAUACUGUUUUAAAAUGAUGUAAAGUGAAUUAAAAUGAUAGACAUACAAAAACAUUUCCCCAAGUUAACCCCAGCACCUUUGUGCAAUGUAUUUUUCAUGUUGUUUAAGGAAAAGAAGCAUAUAGCCAAGCAACUCUGUUCCAGUGGGGCAGAGCUGGUUCCUGCAUAAGAAAAAUGUGAAAAGAAGCCUGAAAUUAGACAACUAGCAAUAUCAGAUUUUCUUUAUGAUAUGUUUUAAAUUAUAUCGUUAUUAUACAGAGAUGGAGGCUCAUGUUUGGGACUCAAUUUGAUUUGCAACCAAAAUGCACAUUGACUGACUCAUGACUUCAGUUGGAGUUGAGAUUAAAAUUCCAGUUUGGUUAAUAGCAUGAACACAAACACUAAUAAUUUAGGACUUAAAACAUGAAUCAGUCCUCAGCUGAAAGACUUGUGACUUGACUCAGACUUAGAGAUCAGUUACUAGUGACUUGUCAAGAAAUUUUGCUCAGACUUGUGACGUUAUCUUUUAAGACUUCAAACAUGACUAAGUCUUACAGAGAGAUUUGAAAGUUAGCUUGCACUUGACAGCUCAGAGACUCAUAGAUUUACUCACACUUGCAACUAAAAGACUUGGUUUGGGAUGUCAGCAUAGAAACUUGUGAAUUAGCUUGGAUUUGCAGCUCAGAGAGUUGCGAUUUGAUUCGGAAUUGCAGCUAAGAUUUCACUUGGAUUUGUAGCUUAGAGACUUGUGACUUAUACUUGCAGCUCACAAACUGACUGACAUGAUUCUGACUUGCAAAAAUGUGACAUGAGCAUCUCUGUUAAAUGUCUAGAAACGUUUAAAGAUUAUAAGCAUGCAUCUUCAAAGGAAAAUAAUGAUUUCAUUACCCAAGAAAGAUCUUUCUAAAAAUAUAUAUGGAAUCCAGUUCCAAUCAAGGAAAUGGUUUGAAAUUACUGUUUAACAUAUUACUGUUCUGACAUAACUCAUAUGCAAGCACUAAUUGUUACAAUUUGAAAUUGUAAUUGCAUGUCAGAUAUUUGGUACAGAGUUAUGAUUUUGACAAAGAAAGGGGCAAAACUGGUACUUUGUUCUUGAGGAUUAAAACUGCAUUAAAAUGUCAUUUUAAAUAUAAAGUGUGCUUUUAGUGAACCAAUAAAGUGAAAACACUGUUUUGAAAACCAA